CCUUUCACUACCCAUGUCCAUCCCAGUGGCCAUACAUUUAGCAGCUCUAUAAUCAACUUCAAACUCAUUUUUACUCGGUUGAGUACGUUUGGGCAUCACAAUGUACAUAUUUUAUGAUGAUCUGUAGUGUGCUGCCAUCUGUAGAGUCACUUGGGAGUUUAAUAAAACAGAUGUUCCAGGAGACUGCAUCGCCAAUGGUUGUCAACUCAAAACUAGUCUCGCUUUUUUAUUCUUUUCAGUCUUGUGGUUCAAUUAUUUGAAAAAGUUUGAGUGUUUCUAAUACAUAAAUAAAGAGGGAACCGAAUCAUUCCAUUUCUGGUUUAAAAACGCGAUUAAAUAUCAAGUAAUAAUAUGUUGAAUUCUAAUGUACAUUGUAAUGCCCAUCAGUAGUGAACGUAUGUCUAAUAGUUUUUGAGGUUAUGUCCAGAUUUCUCCUCAACGAUGAAGCCAGUGAUGUUUCUAAUCAUAUUAUAUUUUGAAAACUGAUCAACAUUUUGAAGCAAACAAACUAUACAAUGAAUAACCAGGCCACUACCAGUACAGCUUGUGGAUUCGAUUUGGAUAAUCCAAGCUGUGUUACCUCAAUACUAGAUAUCCUGGAUGGGGAUUGUUCGGAGUUGGAGGGCUUCAACAGUGAUGACGACGUUGAGCUGGACAUCCCACCUAAAACUUGUACCAGAAUAGGAGCUGAUGUUCCUCCCAAUGAUGACGAACUUUUUAGUGGUGAUGAAGAGUUACAGAACGAAUUCAGAGCUGCAGCUCCAUUAUUGGAUGCUCUAGAAAGUUCAGAGACAGUUACAACCACUCCAAUAAAUGCAGAGCAAAUAGGGCAGGCCACCGUUGACAAUUCAACACCUUCAUCAUCUGCAAAUUCACGUUUCAUGACAACAAAUAGAAAGAAUAUACAGUGGAGGAAGAGACCAUUCAACCCUCCAGUAAUUGGUGCUUUUGAAGAUAAUCAUGAAGAUGUAUUCACUUCAGAUAAUCCAAUUGACUUUUUUAGGAAAUACAUUCCAAAUGAAUGUAUUUCACAAAUAGUGCAGUACACUAAUAUGUAUGGACUUCAAUCCGGUAAAGCUUUUCAACCAACUCAUGACAGAGAAAUAAAUAUUUUCAUAGGGUUACAUAUUUAUAUGUCUGUAUUGAAAUUCCCGAGGAUAGAGAUGUAUUGGAGAAACAGUUUGAAAGUAAUGAUAUUUUUGGAGAACAUCGAUUUCGAAAUCGAUUUUAUCAAUUGAGAACAAAUAUUCACAUAGUUGAUAAUUUGGCAAAGGAACCUACCAAUAAAGAUAGAUUUUUCAAAGUUAGGCCUAUUUUUGACUAUGUAAGAAAGAGAUGUCAUGAAUUAGAAAUGGAACAGAACCUCUGUGUUGAUGAGCAGAUGAUCCCUUUUAGAGGCCAUCAUUCUGCUAAACAAUACAUCAAAGGAAAGCCUAACCCAUGGGGGAUAAAAAACUUUGUUUUGUGUGGGAAAAGUGGUCUCAUUUAUGAUUUUCUGAUUUAUCAGGGAAGCACAACAGAGUUGAAUGAAUCAAACAUGAAAUUGUAUGGUUUAGGAGCGUCUGUUGUCCUUGAGUUAGUCAAUAGAUUGCAAAAAGAUUAUCAUUUCCUAUACUUUGAUAAUUAUUUCAAUACUUAUAAUCUACUUGAAAUUCUCAAAGACAAGAGAAUAUUUGCUGCAGGCACUGUUCGAUUGAAUCGGUUUGGUAAUCCUCCUUUUUCCAGUGAUAGGGAGUGUUUGAAAAAGGGUAGAGGCUAUUCUGAAGAAAUUACAAGUAGGGAUGGAAAUAUAGUAAUUUGUAAAUGGACGGACAAUAGAUCAGUGGCUCUUGCCUCAAAUUUUGUAGGUAUUGGCAAUACAGAUGAAGUCAAAAGAUGGGAUAAGGGUGCAAAAAAAGAAAUUUUUGUUUCAAGACCUGAAGUUGUGAAAAAAUAUAAUUAUGGUAUGGGAGGUGUUGAUAAGGUAGACCAGCUGAUUGCACUCUACAGAAUUUUUAUCAAGAGCCGUAAGUGGACUCUGCGAUUAUUUUUUCAUGCUAUUGAUAUGGCAUGUGUGAACUCAUGGCUAGAAUAUAAGUUGAAGAAGGAAGAGAGGAAAGAGAAAUUUCUAGAUCUUCUAGAUUUUAAAUUGAGGUUGGGAGAGGCUCUCAUAAAAAUGGAUAACCCCGUAGGAUCAGGGAGGAAGAGAGGACGCCCUAAAAAUAUUGAGGAGGAGGAGGAGGAUGAUGAUGUAAUGCCCAUUGCAAGUAGGCCUAAGAGAAUCAUGGAAGUUAGGCCUAUCAAUGAAGUCCAAAAAGAUCUGGUUGAUCAUCAACCUGAGUAUGACGAAAAAAAAGAAGCAACAAGAUGUAAGAAUCCUGGUUGUUCAAAAAGAACCCAUGUAUUUUGUGAAAAAUGCAAGGUUCAUCUAUGUUUUGUGCCAGGGAGGAAUUGUCUCAAACAAUUUCACAGGUAGAGAUAGGUAAUUUUCAUAGAUUUGACUUACCGUAUAUGUUUUACUUACAUGUUUACUUAUAUAUUUUGACUUGAUUGUUUUAUUUACAUCAUGUAAAUUCAUCUUUUUAUUUUUAGAAUGAGUAUAUUUUUUAUUAUUAUUUGAACAUACUUCUAUAUAAUUGUAGAAUAAAUGAUUGAAU